UUGUACAUCUCCGAAUGUGGAUUGUGUCGCUUGAAUUUAUCCCAGGCGUUUUCAGCGCUAGAAAACGGCUUUAUAAAGCGAAAACGAAAGGGGCGAAAAACUCAAAAAGAGCUCUUCUGUGUUUACAACGUAGCUGCGGUAACGUCUCUCGCGAAAACUCGCCACUGUAAGAGGCUCGGAGCUGUGACAGACCGACUUUUCUGCGCAACUCGCAAACAUGGCUAAGCAGGCCGCGCGGAAGCCCGCGGCCCUGGUGAGUCCCGUGUCGGUGACCCGGAUCCCCGGCCGGUACCUGGCGCACCAGGAGGGGCUCCCCAAGCUGCCGGUGCCGCCCCUGCGGCAGACCCUGGAGCGCUACCUGCUGGCCCUGCGGCCCGUCGUGAGCGCCGAGGAGCUGGAGCACACCCGCGGCCUGGUCGAGGACUUCCAGCGGCCCGGGGGCGUGGGCGAGAGGCUGCAGAGGGGCCUGGAGCGCCGCGCCCGCAAGAUGGAGAACUGGCUCUCAGACUGGUGGCUCCAGACUGCCUACCUGGAGUACCGGAUGCCUGUGGUGAUCCACUCCAGCCCUGGGGUGGUCCUGCCGCGUGCAGAGUUUCACGAUCGCCAGGGACAGAUACGGUUUGCUGCCAAACUGAUUGCGGGGGUUUUGGAUUUCAAAACCAUGAUCGACAACGAGACCCUGCCCGUGGAGUACCUCGGCGGGAAACCGCUCUGCAUGAACCAGUACUACCAGGUCCUGUCCUCCUGCCGCAUCCCCGACCCCAAGAGAGACUCCGUGGUCAACUACGCGCGCAGCAAGAAGCCCCCCACCCACAUCACGGUUGUGCACAACUUCCAGUUCUUCGUCCUGGACGUUUACAACAGCGACGGCUCUCCCCUGACAGUCGACCAGAUUUACAUCCAGCUGGAGAAGAUCUGGAACUCGUCCCUGCAGACCAACAAGGAGCCGAUCGGGAUCCUCACCUCCCAGCACCGCAACACCUGGGGGAAAGCCUACAACAACCUCAUCAAGGACAAGACGAACAAGGAGUCGGUGCGCGCCAUCCAGAAGAGCAUCUUCACGGUGUGCCUGGACGCGCCCAAGCCCCGCGUGUCCGACGAGCUGUACCGCAGCCGUGUGGGCGCCCAGAUGCUGCACGGCGGGGGCAGCCGCUGGAACAGUGGCAACCGCUGGUUCGACAAGACCCUGCAGUUUAUCAUCGGAGAAGACGGGUCAUGCGGCCUGAUUUAUGAGCACGCCCCCGCAGAAGGCCCGCCCAUCGUGUCCCUGGUGGACCACGUGGUGGAGUACACGAAGCAAUCGGAGAUGGUGCGGUCUCCCAUGAUUCCCCUGCCCGCACCGCAGAAACUGCGCUUCAACAUCACGCCAGAGAUCAAGAAGGACAUCGAGAAGGCCAAGCAGAACCUCAACAUCAUGGUGCAGGACCUGGACGUGAAAGUCAACGUCUUCUCUCACUUCGGGAAGAACUUCCCCAAGUCGCACAAGAUGAGCCCCGACGCUUUCAUUCAGAUGGCUCUGCAGCUGGCUUACUACAGAACGUACCACCGAUGCUGUUCCACCUACGAGAGUGCUUCCCUGCGGAUGUUCCGCCUGGGCCGCACGGACACCAUCCGCUCCACGUCCGUCGACUCCCUGAACUUCGUGCAGGCCAUGGACGACCCCGGCCAGCAGAAGCAGGAGAAGGUUGCGCUGCUGGACAAGGCGGUCAAGGCCCACAGAGCUUACACGGACAUGGCCAUCCACGGCCAGGCCAUCGACCGGCACCUGCUCGGGCUGCGGCUGCAGAGCAUCGAGGACCUGACCAGCAUGCCGGAGAUCUUCAUGGACACCUCCUACGCCGUCGCCCUGCACUUCAACCUCUCCACUAGCCAGGUGCCAGCCAAGACGGACUGCGUGAUGUGCUUCGGACCGGUGGUCCCGGACGGGUACGGCGUCUGCUACAACCCGAUGGACGACCACAUCAACUUCGCCGUGUCCGCCUUCAACAGCUGCGCCGAGACCAACGCGGCCCGGCUCUCCCAGUCGCUGGAGGAGGCCCUGCUGGACAUGCGGGCCCUGCUGGAGCAGGCGCCCAGGGCCAAGCUGUGAAGCCGCUGCGCCGGCUGCGUCGGCUGCACUAGCUGCGUCAGCUGCACCAGCUGCGAGCCGACGUCCUCCCAGUGCAGAAACACGGGCAGGGGGCGCUGCAAUCAGACCUGUACGGCUUCCCAUUGGACACAGCAAACCUCUGGCACAGGAACCGAAGUGCAGAGGACACUUCUACUCCAGAAACCCCCCACCUUGUGUGACCGAGACGUAGGGGGAGAAUGAAGACUUGUGAUGAGAAAACUCUGCAGAGAAAACAGAGGAGCCCAGCAUGAUAGACAAGCAAAGAUUCCUGCGAUACAGUGGAACCACUGGAGUACAAGAUGGAUAAUUGCUGGAAUGCACAAAAGCUUGACUGGCCCGCUACAUUUUGGGGGAGCUCAGUUUCACCCCCCCCCCCCCCCCAAUGUCAUGCCUGGUGGAAAUGCACGUACCCCUUUACUUGGUGGGUGCCGAUGACAGAAGAGACACGGGGGGCAUUUUUCCAGUUCCCUUAAAAGAGACGAUUCACUUUUCCCCCCGUUUUAUCAGGCAAUGUCUGUUAAAUGGGUUGACUGAGCGUCAUUUUGCUGUUGUGCCUUCUGAUUAAAUUUGUUCGCCUUGACUUCCCCCCCCUACGGGGUAAAUCUGGGGAGAGAGGGGUACGCCGCGUCACAGUGGAGGUGGAGGACUGCUGCGUGGACCCGUGCUCCUUUCUCGUUUGCAUGCUCACGAGCCGACGGCCGGAGAAAGAGGGGUGCUGUGUGGACUUCCUGCUAUCCCAGCAUUCCCGGUCCACUUCCUGUGCUCGUCCAUCUUGAGCAAGGAGGCGGGGGGGGGGGGCGGCUUUCCCAGGGUGGAUUCUGGAUUGGUUUGGGGCUGAUCAGUUUGGGGGUAAAAACUGACGUGGCCUUGGAUGUCUCGGCACCCACCUGAUAAAAAGCUUCUACUGCAAAAUAUUUUAAAGAAAUAUGUAUUUCCGUAAUAGGCUUUCUUUCAGACUGUAAAAAGGCCACUCUAGUAUAUUUUUGCAAUACAAUUAAAAUUCCACAGAGGCCACUGGGAUUGGGAAUUCUUCGGAUAUAAGUAUUAAGAAACGCUUCAUGACAGCCGUGGCCGCUGGCGAUCAUGACAUAAACGACACUGCUAUCAGCGGCGUCAUGAUUUGCCCGUGACUGUGGUACCAGCCUUUCACACUGGUUUUUAGCCCUUUAACGCUAGGCGGUGCGGGCAGAAAUCUCUCCCCAGCACUCUGCCAGCUCGUGAGACGUACGCGCUUACAGAUGGUUCACCUGCAGUGCAGCCCACUUUCAAGGCUGGACAGCUGUAAUUGUUGAUAUCGUUUGAUAUGGUAACAUGGAGUCCUUUUGUAUCUGAUCAGUAUUAAUACGCUAAAAGUAUUUUGCUUCUGUUUACGGGGCAGUUGGUAGUGAGAGAGACUUCAUAGGGGGCUGCAAGACUUUUUGGCAGCCACAGGUAAAUGUCAGAUUUACAGCUGCUCAGUGCCGCCUACUGAGGCUCAUUGAGUGUGCCUGGCUUAACGCAGUGCAAGACUCCAGCACUGAUGCUUUCCGCCUGUUUUCUGUCUAUUCAUUUUGAAUUGAAAAUAUAAAUAUAGUAAGGUACUUUGAAGGAUGCUGGUGCUUCUGCAUUCUUUCUGACAAUGCACAGGAAUGCACAGGAAAUGAAACAUUAAAGCGCCCUCUGCCAUUACUGAUGUCGUUCCAUGUUCAAGAUGAGGGUUCUUCGGUGUUUAUUCACACUUUGGUUUUUGUGCACUACAACAGCAGCUCAAGGUUGACGAGCGCAGGUUGACGUCGUACUUGCUAGCAGAGAGCUGGCUGGCCCGGGUCCCAGAGAGCCACACUCCAGUGGGCCUCGCAAGUCACCCCAAGAUCCGUGAUUUGUAGAGAGCCGGAGCACCUGUGAGCUCUGAUCAGUUUAGCCCGUUACCUGGCCCGGUUACAUCGGCACUGGCCCACUGUAGUAUUUGGCAGCCUGGCGGGGCUGUUGGCUUUUCUCUGUCAAGACAUCUCUGAGCUGCUUCAUCAAACAAAGCACCUGCUUCGGGAGCCUAGAUGAAUGUGGACCAAGACCUUCAAAAUCUUCUGGAUCAGGGGCUCCCCAGGACUGGCAUUGGGGACGCCCGGUCUAUAGCUCCCAUGUGUGCUUGUCCCAGAGGAAAGAAGCCGAUCGCAAUCCUGAGCCCUGGUCACUCCAGAACCACCCGGCUUCAGUUCCAGAGCUCGGAGUUAAUUAAGGUUACAGACGGAGACGACAGAGUGCAAGAUCCCUAAGACCGUAUGUUCAGCAUGCGCUGUCCCAUAACCUGCCCUGACUUCCAAAGCAGGGAGGCAGAUGGGCAGUUUAAUGGGUUGGGGGCCCAGACCCCAUGGGCUUGAGCCUGAUCUCGGGUGUCGUCUGCACUGUGCCCAGACUGCCUGAGCCACCCCCUCCCCUGUGUGUUUCUAAGGGCAACCUGAAAUCUGUGACCGAGCAGAGAACAGCCUUUCAAAGGGUCAGAUUUCGGGUUCUGGCGGCUGCUGGGUUGUGUCCCACCCUGCUUCUCGGUUACACAGCGGAUCUGAUUAAAUGAUGAGCUGCGGAACUGUAACAAUUUGAACUAGGCUGCAAGGUGACUUACAGGUAACUGUGGCUUUAAUGAAAUGAGUGCCAUUAGAUGUCCGGAGCUGGAGUUAGUGUCUCCAUUUUCAGUUCAUUGGAAAGGGUUGUGAAGCCCUGACUUGUGCUGUUCUCACUUAAUUUUCCUGACACACUGCACUGUGUCCAUGCAGCUGAUGCCUGCAUUUACAUUCUCACACUUCAGAGCUGUUUUAAUUAAGAAAAAAGAAACACGUUUGGUUUGUUUUCUGGCUUUCCUAUGAAUUCAAAUUUUAAGGGUGUGUUAAUAGCAGAGAUGUUUUUACUACUAUGAACGUGUUGCAAAUGAGAUUUUCCUGAGUUUCCUCUGUGCCUUGUGACUGUACUGUCAGUGCACUAUGAGUUCAAGUCUGUUAAUGCACAUCAAUAAAAUUAGAGUUUAUAAACCUG